UCUGCAAAUAAGGACCUCAAAAUAACAAGUGUCGUGAUAUAUAUGGCAUCCUUCUCCAACAGUUGUGGUGUGUGUGAUCUCCGACACAUUACCAAACCAUCCGUAGUCUGGUGUACGGAAUGUGACGAAGGACUUUGUAAAGACUGUCAGGAACACCAUAGUUUGUCCAAGUCAUCAAGAAACCACAAAACCAUUGGAAUUGAGGAAUACCAGAAAUUACCUAGUGAUGUACUAAGGAUCACUCAAAAUUGUGAUAAACACCAAGAAAAGUUUAUAAUUUAUUGCCGGAUUCAUGAAAGUCCUUGCUGUGGAAAAUGUGUAAUUGAAAGCCACAAAGAAUGCCGGGAUAUCGAAAAUUUAGAUGACGUCAUUAAAAAUGUCAAAACCUCAAAUGCUGUAUACGAGAUCGAGGAAACAUUGAUUGAAGUAGCCGAAAACUUACAGAAAAUCCGUCAACACCAACAAAAAAAUCUGUCGACAUUGAAAGAGAAAAGAAAAGAAAUUGAGAAAGAUAUUCGAAAGACAAGAGCAACGAUCAAUAACCAUCUAGACAAACUACAGGAAGAUUUAUUGAAACAACUUUAUGCCGUUGAAGAAAAAGAGAACUCGAAAAUUCGUCAGUUGAUGGCUGCAUUAGAAAAGAAAGAAAAAGAAAUAUCAGAUAAACAGAGAAAAAUUGUUAACAUAAAACAACACGCAACGGAACUUCAACUGUUUCUUUCAAUUAAGCAAGUCGAAGAUGACAUAUCUAGCAAAGAUGAUAUUCUGAUCUCACUACUCCAAGAAGACAAUUUAAAGAAUCAUUCUCUAAAAUACAAACUCAACACUGCUUUUCAGAACAUCUUGACCGAUAUCAAAAGUUUUGGAGAUAUCCACAUUGAAGCAAAACCAUGCGAAAUUGUUCUUACGUGGAGGAAGACCAGACAAGCACAGAUAAUUGUACCAGUAGUUCAAACAAGAUCCAUUGAAAAUAUCAAACUGAAACUGAACAAUACAAUAAAAAAUAUAGGAAAUCGCAUUUUUGGCUGCUGCUCGCUACCAGAUGGUAGGAUGGCGUUCACUUACUACUACGAAUAUGCAGUAAAAGUAUUCAGCGAUUCAGGAUUUAAAGUCUUCGAGGUCAAGACGCCAUGCAACGCGUUUGAUGUAGUGUAUAUCAGUGAUAACAAUGCAUUAGCUGUUACAUCUGGUGGUACACCGAAGAAAUGUAUUACCAUUAUAGACUUGGAGAAGAAAGUAAUAAAAAAAACAAUUACACUCGAUUCGUAUAAUUAUGGAAUAGCACUAAAUGAUAAUCGAUUAAUUUGUUCUGGUUUAGACAAAGGGAUACACAUGAUCAAUCCAUGUGACGAGUCUACAAGUAUCAUAGUCAGAGAAAAAAUGCCAAGUGGCUGUUACAUUGCAACUUUUGGAAACCAAAUAUAUCAAACAAACCGUCUGGUUCAUACCGUUACUUGUUAUAAUCAGCAAGGUAAACCGCUAUGGACUUUCCAAAACGAAAGAAUUCUGAAUUCUCCCCUAGGUAUUGAUGUAGAUACGAAUGGUAAUGUGUAUGUUGCUGGAUUUGAAUCGAAAAAUGUUGUAGUUAUCUCCCCUGACGGACAACAACAUAGAGAAUUAUUGGGAACAAGUGAUGGUCUGUCAAAACCGUUGUCACUUUGUUAUAACAAAUCAAAGAAUCAGUUGCUCGUUUCUAACUAUGAAAUCAAGGCUCAAUUGUUUGAUUUUGUUUGAAACUAUUACUGGAAUAUUGCUUCUUUCAUUAAUGUAUUCUUCUCAUUGUAGAUAUUCGUGUCGAUCAUUUUUCCUCGAAGUGCAGUUUUUUUU